AUGGUUCAGACCCGGCCCUGUACCUUUGGGCCGUGGAGACAAAGGUACAGGUCCAGACGCAGCUCUUUAGCCACGACUUGCUACUUCCUCCUCCGCCGCCACGGGUUGCCAGGUUCGCCACGGGUUGCCAGGUUCGCCACGGGUUGCCAGGUUCGCCACGGGUUGCCAGGUUCGCCACGGGUUGCCAGGUUCGCCACGGGUUGCCAGGUUCGCCACGGGAUGCCAGGUUCGCCACGGGAUGCCAGAUUAACGUGA